GGCUGCUCUCGGCACCGUCGGCCGUCCUGGGGGUAAGUCCCUAGCAGGGCCUCACUCCGGGAAACUCGUUCUCCUUAUUAUGGGCCUGACACGCAAGCUAACUUAAUAACAGGAACAUAUGAACUUCUGAGCAGCAAACGAGCGCAGAGGGCUGGCUUAGGAACCCUAACUGUAUCUCCAGCGGGUCGGGUUUGGAAGAAAAUGGAUCCGACGGAGCUCAGGGAGUUGGCCGAUGACGUCUCACCAAUGAUGAAGACGGCCAAGGCUGCGACGUCCGGCCUCGUCGCAGGGACCGUCUGGGGCACCAUCGUCGCAACCUGGUAUGACGUCCCCAGAGUUGAGCGGAGCGUUGCCCUUCCCGGCCUGGUCCGGACGGCGAAACUCAUGGGGAACUAUGGCCUGACAUUCGCGGCGAUCAGCGGCAUCUACAUUGGAGUGGAGCAGAUGGUCGAGAAGUACAGGAUGAAGAAAGAUUUCAUCAACGGUGCAGUGGGCGGAUUCGUUGCCGGCGCUUCUGUCUUGGGAUUCAAAGGCAGGAGCAUUUCUACGGCAAUAUCAGCUGGAGCUGCACUGGCUUUUACCUCUGCUGUCAUUGACAUAGGUGGUCAAACAACACGAGUUGACAACGGGAAAGAGUACCUUCCCUAUACCACUGAAAAAAGGCCUUCUGCUACCCAUCAAUAAGACCUCUGCAGUUGCCAAUAAGUAUCGAGCUUUUGUUUAAGCAUACUAGGCUCGAUAGAGCUACUUGAUACAAGUUGUUUUACAUUGCCUACCAUGCAUUCUCUGAUUUCAAGUCAUGUGAGAAGGGACACUUUUGAUGAAAUGAUGAUUUACAUAUUCUGUUUGUGGCAUUCGUUGUACUACUCUUGAAUGUGUUGUGGCUUUGGUAUUUAAAACGGGCAAGUCUCUGAUGGGAAACUAAGACCUAAUUGGCUUAACUAUGUUUGGUCUUGUAAUAACUUUUCCUUUAAAGGUUGAGUCCAUUUACUCUAAUCCUGAAUGUUA